CUUUCCUUUAACGACUCUGUCCCUUGUCACCUUAAUCUCAGCAUGCAGGCAUGAGGAGAGGAUUCAACCGCAAGGGUCGCUGGUUGGUUGAACGAGGAGUGAUAAUGCGUGUGAAGAGGAAUCCCGUCACAUCUCUGGUCUCUCCGGUGCUGGAAGUCAUGAGUUGCCUGGUAGAGAAUCCAGACUCAAGGCAUCUUUCACAUACAACUAUAGGAAGUGGAAAACAUGGCUUCCCGUCCGCUCAGCCGGACUUAUAGAUCGCCUAGUGAAAUAGCUACUAUGUAAUAAUUUAUCGUUCAGGGAUGAAGGUUAAAUACAUCGAAAUGGGGGUAAAAUAGGGGCAACAGUCUCUAAUAUAAAUAGCAAUGUCCUAACUGAUGUUCUGGUGGUUUAUAAAGGAUU